AGUCCGAACAAUGGCGUCAAAUAAUAACAACUAUCACAAAUGUAUCUUUAGAGGGAACGGAGGAGAAUUCCCCUGGUGUGAAACAUAGUCUGUUUCAAAAUGGCCCUCCCAUGAAAAAUAAAGAUAGUAUAAAUGAAGAGAUCCCUAGUCCCACAACUAACGUGCCUGAUAUAUAUGAUCUGGAGUACGUGAAAGGGUUAGGUAACGGAAACAGUAAUAGUAACGCUGAGAAAGUAAAACCUAGAAGAAAAAGGAGGAGAUCUGAAAAACAAAAGGAAAGAUUCAGGCAAUAUCUGAUUAAACGUGCAAUGAAACAGUAUGGAAGACUACAUGAUGAAAUGCACAUGUAUGUAUAUCAAGUGUGUGAUGCUGUUCCAGAUCCUAUGUUUAUAUCUGAAUCGGAGGCAAUACCUGUAAUGCCCCAAGUAUUGUCGUCUGCAAGUUUGCCGUCGCCUGCUUUUGGAAAUUUUUCUCCGAAUAAAGAUAUUUCGUUAAGAGAUUUUAAAGAUAUUUUCGGUAAAAAAUUGUCAGGUUGUCCAAACCACGCGGUUCUAGUUUCAACCUUAAAUGUAUCUGCAAAACCGUUUGUGCCAGCCUCAUUGAGAAAAGCAGAAAAAAUGCCGGAAGUUCAACCCGUUUUAGACUCUUCUGUUGUAUGUACUGUACUUGCCGGAAACCAAGACCAGGAAACAGUCUUCUCCACAAGAUCAUCUGCGGAACCAGAUUCACAGGAAACAGAAUCCAAAUCAUCAGCAUCCGUUGACACUUUCGUAACUUCAUGCGAAAAAUCUUUAGAUGUUCCUGUAAAGAGAGAUGGUGUGUGUGAUAGCACCAAAUUUGAUGUACUGCGAGCCAAAAUCAGCCCUUACAAUACCGGAGACGACGGCGACGUGUUUGUUACUUUGGAUUGUGACGCCGACAGUUGUCUCCUCAGUGACAUUUUAUGUUUAUUCAUUUCAUUAUUUAUCAUUUUAACUCUACUCAAUGCAUUUCUGUAAAUUAUGAAUAAUAAAAAAUAGUAACCCUUA